GUCACGUGACGAAGACGAGAAAUUGUCGGAAAUUAUCAGCAAGAGUUCAAGUUUUACGGACUCCAAAAAGGAUCUGGAGUGUCACACUUCACCGGCUACGAGGGACGUUGUAGAAAAAUGCCAGCAAGCUCUGUCUGUGGCAAAUACGACAGACGAUGACGUAAUUAGUCUACGAAUGUACCCAUCAACUGACAUGGACGAAUAUUCGGAUGCACAGAGCACCGAAAGUGAAAUGGAUAUCCCAUACUACCGAGAGGAUUCGUCGGACUUGAGACACUAUACAACCAGCAGUGUUUCGUCAUCGAUAACAGGGAAAAGUCGAUUUUCUUCUAAACUUUCAUCGAAACUAUCCAGCUUCUUCCGUAAGGCAAAGUCAGGCAAUCUAAACAACCAAGACGAAGUGUCAAGAGACAGCGACACUGGGACAGGAUAUGGAUAUGAAGGUGACAUGUCAUCAAGUGGAUGGGAAAGAUCACCAACCCCUACACGCCAAGACAUGAAGGAAUCUAUACUCCAAAACACAAACAGCAGAUUGUCCGACUUAUCACGAAUGGUGGCAUCCAGGAGAGGGAUUCAUGAGUAUCAGGCUCUGACACUGAUUCACGAUAUUUUGGAAAAAAGUGAAAUGUCAGAACUAGAAAUAGAAGACGAUGGUAGAUCAUCUUCUUCCUCAAGCAGUGCAGAUUCCAUUUUGCCUUCUCAGCUCAACUUCCGCGUUUUAGCCAGACCCAAUGCCGCAAGAGGAACCAGAACCAUUGCCCACACUGUUCCCGACCCAGCGGAAAUAGCUCACCACAUUGAGGAAUUUGAAGCGGAAGUCGAGAAACUGAUUGAUAAGCAUGCAGUAGCGACCAGGGACUACCGGAACAGACAACUUCGACCAGGGGGAGCACGUGGUCCCCGCCUGCCGUCCUUCAGCCUCCAGUUCCAGGAUCGCAGAACAGACACGGGUUCCGACAACGUCAUCGGAACCGGAAGCAGGUACAGCAAAUACUUUUCCAACUCUGUGACUCGCCCUCAACUGACAGUGCAGGGACUCUCCGCAACAGACGAUCGGCUCAUGCAGUGGAUGGUCAGUCAGCAGAGGAGGGACUCCGAACGGAAGUAGAGUGAAGAUGGAUCAAAGAGAUGUAUUAGAGAAGUUAAAUGACGUCAUCAUGAUGACUGAGGAAAGACUUCUCAAGCAAUCUUUGAGACCAGACUUCAGAUUUAUCUUUUAAGGCGAUGAAGCGGCAUUCACCAAACGCCUGUAGCAUAAUUUUAAAACGAAAGUUUGAAUCGAAUUAGACACCUGGAAUAUUUACACAUGCAACUGUAUAAUUUUAUGCGUAGGCUGCAAGGACGUAAUUAGUACCUACGGAAAAAAACCCAUAUAUCGAUGUUGAAGAUACGAGCACAGGAGUCGUGCCAAGUGCCCGGAUUUAAGUGAGGAGCUUUAGGACUUGGAACGAAUUAUCAAUAUACAUCGUCACCUGGAUUUCACUUCUUAUUAAUUCGGUUUAUUACGAAAUUCAUUUAUAUUAUUCAUCAAUUUACAUUACGUUUUCUACUUGGUUUUAAAUGAUGAACAGAUAAAUGACUAUUAUAAGUCAGCUGACCAAUCAGUGCUAUGUACGCAAUGGGGAUUAUCCAAUCAGAACUCAUACUGUGGUGUUUUGCGUGUUUUUAUGCCCUCCUUAAGGACCCAAUCUACAGACAAGGGGACCUAACUCUUAUAUGUACAAAAAAAAAUGUUAUCAAUAAUAAAAUUACACAAA